AUGGAUAUACCGUAUAAUGAUAAGAAAAUACGAAAUAUACAGUCUAUAAGCUUAAGGAAUUUAUUUUAUGAAACUAACGAACAUAAACAAGAUUUUGGUAGAAUCAAACCCAGAAGAAGUACGAUAUUUCAGAUUUUAGACUAUUCCGAAGAUUAUUCCAAAUUAUUGAAAUUCAAUGAAAAAUUCCUUUUAACUUGUUUCUUUAGUUUACAUCAUAAAUCAGGAGAUUUGAUUUAUGUUAGUGAGAUAUCUAAAUUGAAUGCCAACCCCAACUUCAAUUCUUUUGUAUUACCAAAUAAUAAAUCGAAUAAGUUGGAUCAUUUAGUAAUCAAAGUAUGGGUUAAGUUUAAUGAAUGGAAGUUAUUGAUUCAAUGGGAUUGUGAUUUAAAUGGCUUAUCAUAUAUUGAAGAUAUCGAUACCUUAGAAUGCCCUAAUAAUACUGUGAUUAUUCGAUUAGAGGAUAGAUAUUAUUACAAGAAAGCUGGAAACGCUGGGAUUAGAAGACCUAAAACAUCAAUGUCUAAUCAUAAAUUACCAAGUUAUACUUUCGAUAUGAUAAGAUCUAUCAAUAAUUUGGAUAGGUCGAUUAAAGAAUUGAAUCAUUCAAAGAUACAAAUAAGUAAACAGAUUGACAGUAUCGAUCGGAAAGAUGAUAUUGAAUCAGUUUAUAAUAAAAUGUUUCAAACCCAAAUAACCAUUGAUGACAUUGAACGACGAAUAUCCAAACAGAGACUGAUAAAUGAUGAACUUCUUUCGGAGAUAAUGAAACUCAAGAUCUUCAAUAAUAAGAUUGAUGAUAUAAAGAACGACAAUCUUCAAUUCGUUCAUAAUUUUAAGAAUGAAAUCGAACUAAUCAGAAAUCAAAUCCCCACAAUCCACCAAUCGAUUCAAGAAACCAACCAAAUAAUCAAAGAACACUUCAAACAAUUUAGUCUCGUUCUUAACGAACUUCUACCCAUCACUCAAAGUGACAUGUACAGUCUUAGUAUUGAAAAUGUCGAAUUACCUUCAAAUAUCGGCAAAACAUUGAAGAUCUUAUAUCAAACAAAUGACGAGGAUAUCUUGAGAAUUAAUACUGGUAUUAAUUACAUAACUCAAAUGGUCAUGAUGUUCCUUAAUCUAACAAAAGUUCCAGUUUACUAUCAUGUUCUGUUUAAAGGAAAUUAUUCCACCAUUAAAGAUUUUAGAGAUAAAGAAUACCCAUUAUUCUAUGAUCCUUCAUUGACGAAAAAGAAAACUGAAUUCAAGAAUGGUGUCAAUGAAGUGGUAUUGAAGAAUGAAUUAUUUGAAAGCGGAGUUAAUCUUUUGAAUAAAAAUCUUCUACUUGUUUGCAAACAAUUGAAUGAAUUGUAUAAUCAAGAUUUAAUGGAUAACAUACCUAUAGAUUGUUUAGAUAACUUUUUAUGGAUCUUACAAUACUUGAUACUUUUCAUGACAGCCGAACAAACAGAGUUAUAG